GUUACUGCCGACCAUACUGUCUGCAGAACAGACAAUGUUGUCAUUCAACGGACUUUUGUGUUUAAUAUUACUUGAUACACUUCGGCCGACUGUAUUUACUUUCGCAGCGCGAAUAUCCAACGAGAGACCAGACGUGAUGAAUCCACCUGCCACUGGCUUUGGGGUGAAGGAGCGUUUUCAGAUUGUUACCCAGCACAAUAGACUGCGUAGUCGGGUCAGCCCAAUGGCCGCCAACAUGCAGAAAAUGGAGUGGAGUGAAGGCCUGGCAUCUCUGGCCCAGGAGAGGGCUGCUGCAGCCUCCUGCUCCCUGGACUCUGGGCUGCAGGAGCGGGCCACCAGCAGCGGCUACGUGGGCUGGAACACCCACCAGGCAGUGCACGGGGAAUCCUCCCUGGCCAAGGUCAUCGACUCCUGGUUCCUGGAAGGCAGAGACUACAUCUACCAGGGUGGCCACUGUAGACAGAACAGCACCUGCCACCACUACACACAGUUGGUGUGGGCCACGUCUAGCUAUGUGGGCUGUGCUCAGCGCUUGGCAUGCCAGAAAGGAGGCUCUCUGUGGGACCUGUUUGUGUGCGCCUACUCCCCUGGGGGCAACUGGGAGGUGAAUGGCAGGCCGGUGGUGCCCUACAAGGCUGGAGUCUACUGCUCCCUCUGCACCUCCCUCAUGUCCGGCUGCUUCAGGCUCUGGGAUCACAUCGGAGGACUGUGUGAGACUCCUCGUAACCCGUGCCGUAUGAGCUGUGGGCAGCACGGUCGUCUGAAUGUCUCCUCAUGCCAAUGCCACUGCUUUCCAGGAUACACCGGACGCUUCUGCCAGGUUCGCUGCAGUGUGCGGUGUGUCCAUGGUCGCUACAGGGAGGAGGAGUGCUCUUGCCAGUGUGAUGUUGGCUACGGGGGAGCGCAGUGUGCUGAGAAGCUGCAGUUCCCCUACCACAGCUGUGAUCUGCAGAUUGAUGGAGAAUGCUUCAUGGUGUCUCCUGAGGCUGAGACGUACUAUACAGCCAAGCUGCAGUGCCAGGAGAAAGGGGGUGUGCUGGCUCAGAUCCACAACCAAAAGGUGCAGGACAUCCUGGCCUUCUUCCUUAGCCAGCUGGAGAACACCAACGAGGUGACGGACCACGACUUUGAAACCAGGAACUUCUGGAUAGGACUCACGUACAAGACUUUAAAGGACGCUUUUCGAUGGGACACUGGAGAGAGUCCUUCCUUCACAAGCUUUGCUUUUGGACAGCCUGAUAAUUUAGGCUUUGGCAACUGUGUGGAGAUGCAGGCUGCCAGCGCUUUCAACUGGAACGACCAGCGCUGCAAAACACGCAACAGAUACAUCUGCCAGUUUGCUCCGGAGCAUAUAGCGGUAUGGGAGAGAGGUCGGUGAGUACACCUUCUACUCUGUCUGAAGCUCCAAAAGGCGUCGUGUAGAGAGGAGUGCAGAGACUGAGAGAGAGAGAGAGAGAGAGAGAGAGAAAGAGAGAAAAGGACGGAGCAGGGUGUCAGGAGACUGAACCUCACUGGACCCCCAUCCCCCUGGCAGGCAGCUGAGCAGCGGGCUCCCCAGUCAUCAAAACCAGCCCUCAGGGGCCUCCUGCUCCUCAACUCCUCACUCCUCCUCUCAUACUUUCCUUAAGGUCGAUGAUGAAGAGAUUCUGGGGCCUUGGCUGUGGAGGAGAGUCACAGCCAGCCAGCACCCCUCUCCAAUGCACCCCAACUCACCUCACAUGCCUCCCUCCUCUCUCCCCUGUCUGCCGCCCAUCCAAAAAAGAUUCUGGACCAUGGUUGUGGAGGAGAUUUACAACACACGCCCCACCCUACCCUACCCCCACCCUACCGCACCGCACCAGACUGCACUGCACCCCAAGACACUCCAGCCUCCCCUGACUCAUGUCUAGCUCCCCACCCACUCUCUGGUCCUUUUUGAGCUUGGCUGAGAGGACACCCAGAAGCCUCAUUUGCAUGUUCUCUACAGUAGCGGCCCGGGUGCUGUGUGCUCCGUGCACUCGGUACGCUCACCCACCCAGAUGUCCUGCUCCUGCUCCUGCUUCUCCCCUCCUGCUGCAUUCAUGUUUUUGUGUGUCCCAGAUGCACAUCGGCCGUUACAACGGGUUUAAGAGAUGGGGCUUUAA